AGCGAUGCCAAGCGACGGUCCCCGGUACUCGCCGUCGCUGCGUCACCAACGUAACCGGCCUGUACACCCGGACUCAGUACUCAUGGACAGGGUGCAGAUUUGGGACGAGCAGGCCCUGCUGCUGCUUAUGAAAUGGAACAACGCGUCCGUAACGGAGGUGCAACGAGCCGUGUCCAAGCUGGAUUUGAGCGAACUGGAGGCGGUGUCCACGCGCAAGGAACUGUGCGGUCGGCUGUACCCGACAAAGUGCGACCCGUCCGCGCCUUACCGCACUCUGGACGGCUCCUGCAACAACAUCGAGCACCCCAGCUGGGGCAAGGCCCUCAGCUGCCACUCGCGCAUCGCACCACCGGUUUAUCUGGACGGCGUGUCCUCACCGAAAACCCUGUCCCAGUCCGGUCGCCCGCUGCCCAAUGCCCGCCUGGUGUCCAACGCCCUGUGGGACCUGCGAUUUUCGCAGGGAGCCACCUACUCUGACCGGUACACGCACCUAGUCAUGGCCUUCGGACAGCUCAUCGACCACGACCUGGCCCUGACGCCAGACGCGAGAGGAGCCAACGGGUCCCUGCUGGUCUGCUGCGGCACCAGCAACGAGACAUCACCGGCUUGUUACCCGGUGAACGUAAGCAGCGACGACUCCUUCUACGGACCGCUGUCCGUGCCGUGCAUAAACUUCGUCCGCUCCUCGGGGUGCAGCGACUGCGGGGGAGUCAUGCACGAGCGUCGGUUCGUGAACCAGCAGAGCGCCUUCUUGGACGCCUCGCACGUGUACGGCACGAACCAGGUGGAGCACGAGGCGCUCAGGAACUCCGAGGCCAGGGAGCUGAUGCUGCUAGCCGGAAAAGGGCUGUUGCCGCCCAGCGUAACGCCCGACCGCGACGGUUGCAGCGACCCCGCGACCGCAAGCUUCUGUUUCCGAGCCGGAGACGGCAGGGUCAACCAGCAGCCAGCCAUCGCUGUGUUGCAGAUUUUGUAUGCUCGACAACACAACCGCGUGGCCCGGGAGCUGAGAAACCUGAACCCCGACUGGGACCCCGAGACUGUCUACCAAGAAGCCAGGCGCGUCAUUGUGGCGCAGCACCAGCACAUCAUCUACAACGAGUACCUUCCAGUGGUGCUGGGCCGCCGGUACCGUCAUGCACCGGGCCUGCGCAGCCGCUAUGACGCCCGACGAGACCCGUCCGUGUUGGUGGAAUUCGCGACUGCCGCGUUUCGCUUUGGACACGGCAUGGUUGACCACUUCUCUCUAGUGGACGAGCAGUUCAGAGCGACUGUCUACUCGCUGGCUGACCACUACUUCCUGGUGGACGACCUGCACGAAAUGGGGACAGUGGACCGUCUCAUCCGCGGCCUGGCCCUGCAGCGUGCCCGCGUGCCCGGACCGUCAUUGGCGGAAGCAGUGCGCGUACACCUGUACCGGAACGCGACCAGCCAGGCAGGCCUGGACCUAGCCUCGCUCAACAUACAGCGGGGUCGCGACCACGCGAUGCCGGGCUACUCCUUCUGGCUGCGCCGUUGCCUGGGGCGACGCGUGCACGACUUCGAGGACCUGUACGCCUUCAUGGAACCUCACCGUGCACAGCUUCUCGCAGAGCUUUACGAGCACCCCGAAGACGUGGACCUCUGGGUUGCUGGCCUGAUGGAACGGCCGGUGCAGCCAGGCGCCCUGGUGGGACCCACCUUCGCCUGCAUCAUCGGACGCCAGUUCCGAGCGUUCCAGGAGGGAGACCGCUUCUUCUACAGCCACGCGGGACCCAUGGCGCUUACGGAUGCUCAACUGCAGCAGGUGUCCGAGUUCAGCCUGUCCAAGUUGCUGUGCGCCAACGCGGACGAGCCGCACCGGAUGAUCGUGCAGAGGCACGCGCUGCUCAGGCCCGACUCCAUCUCGAACCCGCUGGUCCCAUGUGACGAAAUCCCGGACACCGAUCUGAAGUUCUGGACAAGGGCUUCAGCCAUGGGCUGGGACCGCUAGCUCGAACUCGUUUCGACCGGCUGUCGUUCACAAGGGCGCGUGCUACAGGCUUGUUGCCGCAGCAGUCUUGAAGAAACGAGCAUCGACAGCGGACGCAACCUCAAACCGCCGGAGAUGCCUUUCUCCGCUUGCAUCUCAGACGAGCGCUGUGCUGACGUGAAAGACAAACUGAUCCUCCAUUUUAUCGGGAAGCAAAAUGGACGAGAAUAAAGCUGAUGACUGCGUCUAAGAAAAGGCGCCUUUCUUGGCAAA